AUGGGGACUGUGCUGCAGUACCGCGUCGAGCUUUCGAAGCGAGCUUGUGAACAGCUGCAGCUCUGGGACACCGCGGGCCAGGAGCGUUUCAGGUGCAUCACCAGGUCCUUUUACCGGAACAUGGUGGGCGUCUUGCUGGUCUUUGACGUGACCAACAGGAAGUCCUUUGACCACAUUCGAGAUUGGCACGAGGAGGUGAUGGCCACCCAAGGCCCCCACAAGGCCGUCUUCAUGCUGGUUGGCCACAAGAGUGACCUGCAGAACACCCGCUGUGUUUCAGCCCAGGAGGCGGAGGAGCUGGCCGCCUCCCUGGGCAUGGCCUUUGUGGAGACGUCAGCCAGGAGCCACAGUAAUGUGGACCUGGCCUUCGACACCCUGGCUAAUGCCAUCCAGCAAGCCCUUCGGCAGGGCGACAUCAAGCUGGAGGAAGACUGGGGUGGCAUCCGCUUCAUCCACAAGACUCAGAGCCCUGGGCCCCCCAAAAGGAAGCCACACCCAGGCCCAUGCCAGUGUUGAUCUGGAGAGAGAGCCAGUUCAAACAGUGCCAACUCAGACCCCCUGGUACAGUGUGGG